AUGGCCGGCAGACGACGCCUGCAAGAGCUUUUUGCCAAGUACGACCUGUCCGGAGAUGGUGUGCUGUCAGAGACCGAAAUGAAGAACGUCUUCGGCAAGGUUGGCAUAUCCACGAAGGAUGCAGAGAGCGUCUUCAAAGCUGCAGACAGCAACAAGGAUGGGGUCAUCCAGGUGCACGAGUUCAUCUCGUGGCUUACAGCACAGAAGACAUCUGUGAAGAGUGUCCAAGACUCCAAGCAGAAAAAUGUCACCCUGCACAUCAUCAACAACUCGGAUCGUGUCAGCAGGCGCUUCACGGUCACCUUCUACGGCUGCAAAAACAUGACUUUCCCACUCGGGAGUCCUAUGGAGGUUCUCUUACGCCCCGGCGAAGACUUCUCCAAGGUGGUCCUCGAGUGCGCAGAGAGAGACAAAGCGUGGAAGUGGAGUUACCGGUGGUCAGCGCGAUCGGAGUUUGCAGGAGUGGAGGAUGACCCCAACGCCUUCAAAGAUGGUGACUUCCCUCAUGACGACUCGAGCAUCGGGAAGAGUUCGACAAGCUUCAGCGUUGGCAGUCCCGAAGUCUGGGUUCGAGCUCGUGCUUUGGGAGAUCCGGCUGAGGCGGUUCUCUUCGAUCAAAUCCGGCCGCAGGACAUCGUUCAAGGCAAACUGGGUGAUUGCUGGUUGUUGUCCUGCCUUUCCUCUCUGGCCGACUACCCAAACCGCAUCAAGGCCUUGUUUCCUUCCAAGCAGCUGAACGAAGAAGGCAAGUACGUGGUGUGGCUUUUUGACAUCGGCACGGAAGCUUGGACGGAGACUACGGUUGAUGAGUUCAUUCCGUGCAACAUAAAGCACGGAGUUGCGGUGCCAACCUUCGCCACACCCAUGGGUGAAGAGAUUUGGGUGCAACUUAUCGAAAAAGCCAUGGCCAAAUUCUGCGGAAGCUAUGGGGCUCUCUCCGGAGGAGGUGUGGCUUGGGCGUUCCAAGUUCUCACCGGUGCAAUUCAUGUCCUGUCGUUUGAAAAGCUGUCGGAGAAUGAGUGGAGAAGGCGUUUCAUGCAUCAGCAAAAGCAGUUGGAGCGUGGGGCGCGGAAUCCCCGAGGCAGCUGGUGGAAAUGGCAAAACAAUGACACGCACGACACGAACCAACUCUUUGAGUUGCUCCAGAGCCACCGACGCCAGGAUCAUAUGCUAUCCUGCAUGAUCGGGUCGAGCUCGGAGGGGGCCGAAACGGGCAAAAGCAAAGGCCUGUACUUGAGGCAUUACUAUGCUGUCCUCAAAGUUGUGUCUGAGACACAGGACGAUGGUACGGAGGUCCAUCUCAUCUUGCUUCGGAAUCCCUGGGGUAGUUAUGAGUGGUCCGGAGAUUGGAGUGACAGUAGCGAGAAUUGGGAACAGAAUCCGAAGCUCAUGGCCAAGCUCGACACGCAAGUUCGAAACGAUGGAAGCUUCUGGAUGAACUUCGAAGAGUGGGCCAGUAUCUUCACGCUCCUAGUGGUUUGCCCUUCCUCUGACAGCCCACCGCCAGAAGAUUCCGAGAGCUUUGAGGACGCCGCCGAGUCAGAGGACGUGAUGUCAAGUUUCCUUGAUGAUUGA